UGCUGAUGUUGUAUCAACUACUGGGGGGCUGCCCUUAGCUCUUGAAGUUAUAGGUUCGUUCUUACAUAGAAAGGGAAAAAAAGUAUGGAAAGAUACAUUAAAGCAAUUAAAGAAAAUGCCUCACGAGAAAGUGCAAGAGAAGUUGAGGAUAAGUUAAGAUGCAUUAAAUCGUGAGGGCAAACAGAUAUUUCUGGAUAUUGCAUGUUUUUUUAUUGGAUGGCAUAAACAAAGUCCGAUUUAUAUGUGGGAUGCCUGUGAUUUUUUUCCGGCGAAGGAGAUUGAACUAUUAUGUCUUUUGUCCCUAAUUAAAAUUGACAAAGACGGCAAUCUAUUGAUGCAUGAUCAAUUGAGAGAUCUUGGAAGGGAGAUUGUUCGUCAAAAAAAAGCCAAUGGAGCCUCGAAGCACAGUAGAUUAUGGAAUUAUAUGGAAGCCGAAGAUGUGCUUGACAACAGCAAGGGUACUAGAAAGAUUGAAGCCCUUUGUCUUUACAAUUCUGAUAGGGGAAGAAGUUAUACGGCUGAACAAUUUAAAGAGCUGGCCAACUUGAGGUUCAUUCAAAUGGAUGGUGUGAAUUUCACUGGAGAUUUCCAGAACUUGCUUCCUCAAUUAAGAUGGCUCCAAUGGCCGUAUUGUCCGUCAGAUUUCGCAGCGGCCAACUUUCAUCCGAAGAAAUUAGUCGUGCUCAAUCUAUCGUAUAGCCACAUUUCGGAGAAUUGGGGAGGAUGGGGUCCACUCAAGGAUGGUUCUGGAGGCAAAGUGCAAAAACACAUAGGCAAAGGAGAGAGAUCAUUUUGCUGGAUCAUGGCGCUCUUGAACCACAGAAUUCGCCGGGUUCUUUGAAGCUGAUUUCGUAUAGGGUGUGAAUCCGAUAUACUGCUAAUCUGCAAUAGACUAGCAGUGUGGCACCUGGAGAUGAAGCCUCGCUUUCGGAUAGGG